AAUUUUCUUCCAUAUCGAUUUGAGACUCUAACCACACUGACCAAUUCGUUAUAUAACCUAGUCGUAGAAUAAUUUAACAGCAGACCUAAUUACCUGUGUACCAUCACAUGCUAUAAUAAUUUAGCAAAUUAACCGUGAUGCAAUGCGCGUCAGAGAGACGGCAUUGAUCGGUCUAAGAUAUUGGUCAGCAUAAUAUAUGGUAAACCGAUGAGCAUUGGAAAUUGCAGGAUAGGUUGUGACGUCAAAGCAGCGGCCAUUACUCUUUGACAAUUUGGACUGCAGGCUGUGAGAAUUUUUAUCAAAGAACAGAAAGAAGAAAACUAUUUACAUAAAGAUGCGUUUGCUGGUGUUACUGUGUGCGGCACUUUACGUGUCGGCAUCCGACCUUUCAUUCUCUUUACCGGAAUUGGCCCACCUCUAUCGGAUGCAACGUCUUUCGGACAACUUCGGAGAUUACUUUUCGGACGAACCCGAGAGCCAAAGCGUAGAAGACGAUUGGUCGCCAUCGUACGGAGAUCCGUUCUACUCCGGAACACAUCUUCGGGACCAGGAACAUCUAGAACAAAGUUCUCUUUAUGGAUAUCAGUCAGUGUCAGGCGGUACCGCUGAGGGUAAACAGAACCAGAAACAGGUGAAGACCGACAAACCACUGCCAGCUUACUGUAACCCACCUAAUCCUUGUCCCAUCGGAUACACAUCCAAGGACAACUGCGUGGAGGGUUUCGUCAACUCGGCUGACAACAACAAGGAGAAGCUGUCCAAGCAGGACUGUCCGUGCGACACCGAGCACAUGUUCGUGUGUCCGGCGGGGGGCAAGACGGUCACCUCCAAGACCAGCGACGACCAGGCGGCCAUCAACAACGUCAUGAGUCAGCUCAACAAGAUGGGAGUCGAUAUGGACAGUUCAUUUUAUGGCGAUGACCAAUCUUUGGUUGCCAAAAAAUCUCCAGAGUUGAGCACAAAGAAACGCGGAAAACGCGCGAUUCGCGAAGACUACAAACCAGAGAACUAUCUGUUGAAGGGAGAACACAUGACUGUGGCCAAGAAAUCGCCAGUUGUCUACCAAGACUUUCAACAACAGCCAUAAGUCUACUUAUAAAAAUAUACCCCAAAACUCCAGAUUAUAUCUACCAUUCAAUAUUUAAUAAACAGCCGAUGAUUGUCAUUCAAACAAAAACGAUUCAUCGUUUCUCCAACAUCUUCUUUGUUGUUGUGUAUAAAUUGGACAUAGUUUUUACAACAAAAAGUACUAUUGUAAUGGUUUUAAAUCUGACAUAAUAGAAGGAAAUUCACGAAUAUAAUCAUUGAUGACAAUGUUAGAGGCCGUAAUGUUCAGAGUUGAGGGUGAAUAUGUCUACAAUCAGUUUACCACAAUAUUUGGCAAUAAAAUUUAGCGAUCAUAAGUCGAGACCUAUAAUAAUUAUAUCUGUUUUUAGCCACGGUUAUUGGUAUACUGUACCAAGGUCAGUCUUGGCAUCACUUCCUUCACAGACGCUGGAGUGUAUGCCUACAGUGUUGAUACAAUGUUAACAUUCUGAAGCAAGUUACACAGAUAUAAUUUUAGUCGCCAAGUAACACCAACCACAACGCAUGUAAUUGAGUUUAGAUUCUUAAGUUUGAGCUUUUAAUCUCAUAAACAAUGCGCUGGUUGGUCGAGUUGAUUACUUAUGGUGCAUCAAAAGUAACAUUUUGUCGUAGGAAUUAAUUUUAAUGUUGGGAUAAAUUGUGUUCAAAGAUUGCCCUCUUAUGUUCAUGUCAAUGUUCCACAGUUUGGCCAUACUAAGUCAUAAAUGUAGGUAGCAUAAUAUUGGAUAAGAAACUUUAUACCUACCUAUUCUCGAUGUAUCAAUGAAACUUAAGGGCCAUUUACUGAGAAAUACAUUUAGAUAUCCGUAAUGUAGUAAAUACUUGCUUCACAAAAGAUUACAUGUAGCCUAUAUGCAUAUUAUUUCUAAAAUUGUAAAACGAACUAAGAUAAAUUUCUAAAACAAAUGUGAACAGGAAACAGUUAUCGUUCCUGACUUAAAAUCGGUAGCAGAUUGUUUUUUCUGUGUUCUGGUGUACACGUCAAUAUAGAAUUGAUGCUGAAACCAAAAUAAUCCUGUGGACUUGCUACUUAAUUAAAAUUGUACAAAACGUGUUUUGUAUGUUGUUGUGAUAUCACGAUCUAUUAUUUUGUCAAUAAAUAUUUAUCACCAGUGUUGGCCACAGACGGCUAUACACUGCUUUUCAUUAUACAUGUUAUUGCAAUUUUACAGCUCUAGAUAUAUCAAAACCCUUGUAGGGGAUAGUUAUCGUUUAACGUAGUCUAAAAUCUAACGAGGAUGCACCAUCAUGGCAUGACUAUUCUGUUAUCCAAUUAUGUACAUGUAUAUCUAGGCUAUAACAUUAUUAUGUUACUAUAUUUGCGUUCGACCACUGUCGAACUACAGAGACGAGACAAUAUACACCGCGUUGUAUUAAAGAGCACCACCCCGGCUCACACCCUUUCCCUGAUAUAUUUAUUUGUAUGUCCUUUAUUAAAAAUCAUGAGAAUAAAAUCACGAAAUUUUGUUGCAGAUUGUGUUUAAAACUUCUAUUUUGCCCGGUCUCCCGUGAUAGGAGUAUAACAAAUUGUGAAUACAUAGCGUUUCUCUCCGUUAGAGGUGUAGGCACUUCUGAGCAAUAUCAAACCCUCCCCGUCUUGUUGUCCCGCGUUGUUGUUCGUCGAUAUAUAACUAUCUACUGUUACUCGUCAUGUCUUACUUCAAGAUAACAAGUAUUUAUAAAAAUAAGUAGCAUUUUAAAAUAAAUCGCACCUUUUAGUAAAUGAUAUCGACAAGAAUACAUCAGAACUCAUGCUUAUAAAAUACAUUAUUAAAAAAAACCCCGUUUAAUUACAAUAAUGUAAUAGUUUUACGUUUUUAGAUUCUGUCCAUUUCUGUAAUUUUUAAUACUCCAACAGCUUUACAAUAAAUAAAUAAAUAAAAAUAACGGUGGUGCGUUACUGAUAUUGAUAAUACGUAGAUAAUACCUAGUUGGGUGUUCACAGAAAAUAAAUACUAAAAACUCGAAUAUCGUAUUUGUAGCCUUUCCAUUCUAUAAAUAAUAUAUUUUAAAAAGCAUGAGUUCUGGUUGAUCAUGAACAUUCUUUCUUCAAUACACCAUUUUGAAACAUUUACGUAAAUUUCUUUUUUUAAAUAGGUGCUUCCAUAGCAAUAAACUUCCCAUCUUUUAUAAAAUAUUUUAUGCAUGGUUUAUUAUACUAAACAAAUGGGUCACAAGUAAACAUGAUUUAAUCCAGAUAUAUUAAAAAAAAGCGCAUUGUUGAUAAUAAAUAUUCAAAAUCUGUUCACAACAGUGACCUCCUUUUUCGUAGUACGCUUUCUAAAAUCAAUUUCACGCUUUUAUUUGUCUGUGUUGAUGUUUCAUAGUUGUCACAUACGUUAGAAUGCAGAAAUGCAACUUCUAAACAAAGGAACGAGUUCAUUCUAGUCACCUUUACCCCGUUUUUAUGUGUUUGUAACUUCAUUAUGUGGAGUGUUUGUGCGGUGUGCUCGUGGCAAUACAGUAUCUGCUAUCGUACCAUACCCGAAUCUAUCAUGACGAUCUCAUUGUGUAUUAUAAAGAGAUGUUGUUGCUGUUGAUAUUGUUCAAUAAACUGUGGGAAAAAAUA